AUGAAUGGUAUAGCAUCGAUGACGUAUAAAAGAUUGGCCUCCACUCAGGCUGAGGCAGAGAUUGGUCUGACUUCACACAGGAAGAAAUACACUCUGGCUCUUGUGCUGAUGGCUGCCAUGGUGGCUUGCGUCCUGGCAAGUCGCUAUGGUUAUGGAGGCGGCUAUGGAGGUGGCUAUGGAGGUUAUGGUGGCUACGGAGGUGGUUAUGGAGGCUAUGGAGGUGGUUAUUAUGGAGGCUAUGGAAGAAGCUAUGGUGGCUAUGGGAGAGGUUAUGGAGGAGGCUAUGGUGGCUACGGAGGAGGAUAUGGUGGCUAUGGAUACGGAAAAUCGACACAAUUCAGCAGAGAUUGGGCUGACUUCACACAGGAAAGUUUAAACACAAUGAAAUACACUCUGGCUCUUGUGCUGAUGGCUGCCAUGGUGGCUUGCGUCCUGGCGAGUCGCUAUGGGUAUGGAGGCGGCUAUGGAGGAGGUUAUGGAGGUUAUGGUGGCUACGGAGGUGGUUAUGGUGGCUAUGGAGGUGGUUAUUAUGGCGGCUACGGAGGAGGCUAUGGUGGCUACGGAGGAGGCUAUGGUGGUUAUGGGAGAGGCUAUGGUGGCUACGGAGGAGGCUAUGGUGGCUAUGGAUACGGAAAGUAAUUCCUUCAU